AGCUCGUAAAUCUCCUCGUCGAAUCAGCCGGCCGGUGGCUCCAUGGAUUCCGGUGUAUCGUCGAAUCAGCCGGCCGGCGGCUCCAUGGAUUCCGGUGCGAUAAGCGUCCAAAUGCCCGUGACCGGCCAAGAAUGCCCGCCUCAGGAAGCGAAGCCAGUCAAGGGCAAGUCGCCGGUGGACAAGACGCUGUCGGGCGCGUCGGACUUGCUGAAGCUGCUCCCGACGGGCACGGUGAUGGCGUUCCAGGCGCUGGCGCCGUCCUUCACCAACCACGGCGUCUGCCACACGGCCAACGGGUACCUGGUGCUGGCGCUCAUCGGCGCCUGCGCGCUCUCCUGCGUGCUCCUCUCCUUCACGGACAGCCUCGUCGGCAGCGACGGCAAGCUCUACUACGGCAUCGCCACGUUCCGGUCCUUCUACCCGUUCAACUUCGCCGGCGCGGCCGCCGAGCGGGACGCCAUGUUCAACGACCUGGGCCGGUUCAGGCUCACCGGGCUGGACUUCGUGCACGCCGUCUUCUCCGCGGUCGUGUUCCUGGCCGUGGCAUUCUCCGACGCCAGCAUACAGAGCUGCCUGUUUCCGGAUGCCGGCGCGGACGUGAGGGAGCUGCUGGUGAACCUGCCGCUCGGGGCGGGGUUCCUGUCCAGCGUGGUGUUCAUGAUCUUCCCCACCACCAGGAAGAGCGUCGGCUACACGGACAUGACGCCCCACUCCCAUUCGCAGUGAAGUGAAGCCACGAAUGCAAAGACUCAUGCUAGCAUCAUGAGAGGGUGAAAAGGAUAGUACAUCUACAUGGCAACAAACGCUUGUACGAUAGAAACAUGUAUGAGAUGUAAAGGAAAGGAAUCAAUGAAUCAUGCCCUUGAACGUCA